GCGCGCGCAGGCGCGGUGCGUUCGGCUGCGCGGGGCCAGCAUUCGGAGGCGACGCUGUCGUGGGAACGCCUCGACCCGCGUGUUGGGGAAAGGAGCAGGAGGUUGCUGGGGCCCGGGUCUCGCUCGGAGGGGGGUUUGGAGUGUGUGUGUGGGGUCCGGGGUCACACACCCCCGAGUCUAGGCUUCGGAGGGAGCCCAGGCUGCCUUUCUCGUCCAUCAUGGGGCGGGGAGUCCCGGGGGUGCUGGCCCUCCUGCUGGUGGCUGCCUUCUCGGCGGGGGGCUGCCAGGGGCUCUCCUUCCAGCUCCCGCCCCAGACCCGCAAGUGUCUGAAAGAGGAGCUUCACCGGGACGUCAUGGUCACUGGCCAAUACGAGGUGUCCGAAGCCGCCGCCCCGGGGAUCCGGACCGACCUGAGGGUCACCGACUCCUCGGGACACCUCCUGUACUCCAAAGACGAUGCCAAGAAAGGAAAAUUCGCCUUCACCACGGACGAUUACGAGAUCUAUGAGAUUUGCUUUGAGAGCCACGGGCAGCCAGGGCAUUUCCGGGUUCCCGAACAACUGGUGACCCUCAACAUCAAGCACGGCGUGGAGGCCCGGAAUUACGAAGAUAUUGCAAAGGCAGAGAAACUCAAACCCUUGGAAGUCGACCUCCGCCGGCUCGAGGACCUUUCGGAAUCCAUCGUUAAAGAUUUUGCGUUCAUGAAGCAACGCGAGGAGGAAAUGCGGGAUACCAACGAAUCCACCAGCGCGCGAGUCUUCUACUUCAGCAUCUUCUCCAUGCUUUGCUUGGUGGGUCUAGCUACGUGGCAGGUCUUCUACCUCAGACGUUUCUUCAAGGCUAAGAAACUUAUUGAGUGAUUUGGCCAGCUUGGGUUGUAGGGUGGGUGGAGAAGAACGAGGGGACCCGACCCUCCAGAGACUCCCGUCUUGGCUUCUCCCAGGAUAUUUGGUGUGGACCAAAUUCUUCCUUCCCACCUCGUGCAGAUCCCAAGACAUCCGGAUUCUUUUUUUAAAAAAAUUAACACGAUAUCCCUUAGCCAGGAGCUUCGGUGGAAUGUUGCAACUGGACUAAAACCUUUUUAUCAACCAAAAUGAAACAAAGCCAUCUGAUUCUGGAGGGUGGAUUUGAAGACCACCAGCCUGCACCCAUGCUUUUAUUUUUCUUGGAGCGGACGGCCCCUUGGUGAGGGUGGGUGUUUAAUUUGAUUGUAGUUAAUUAAUCCCUCAUGGCGGAUCAUACUGGAGAAGGGUUGGAAGUAAUAAAGGAUGGUUCCUAUA